AUGCAUGGGUAUUCGAAGCACGACGUGCAGGAAGCCAAAAACCAAAGGCGCAGAUGGCUGUUAUUCACCACUGCCAGUGCCUCUUACAUUUGUGAUGUAUGCAACCGUCCUUAUAAGUCGAAGAAAGCUCUCAGACAUCACAGACGGGAGAAGGAACAUAAUAGUGGGGAGGGCCAAAUUGUGCAAGUGCUUCUGUGCCCAUUAUGCGACCGACGAGUUCUGAAUCAGGAAGAACUUUAUAACCACGUCAACGAAGAACAUGCAGCUGCAUUGCGAGACAAUUGCGCUCUGUUAACAAGAGAUCCCGAAAUAAAGCCUCUACGGCUCGAGAUGGAUUUUGGCAAUGUCAUGUGUCCAGAAUGUUACAAAUUUUUCAAAAGGGAGCACAUAGGCGAACAUGCUGUUUUCGUCCACAACUACACAAAUAGAGAGCGUCAGGUCCUCCUUCUACACCUUGGCGUUGAACUUACCAACCCGGUCCCUGAACUCACAUUCAAAUGUGAGUACUGCCAAAAGAAUUUUGGAAGAAAGCAAGAUAAUCAUACUCAUGUACUCGAACACCACGCCGAUAAGAUUCCAUCCACUUCCUCAACCGGGAGUGCAUUCAUGUGCAUAUUUGACGGGUGCAGUCGCCGUUUCAACAGUAACGAGGAUCUCGUCAAUCACUGUGCUAGGAUACAUUCUAAGGAAUCUGGACAACAGUUUAAAAUCAUUAGCGCAUCGUUCGACAAUAUGGCUGAGUUCUUGAAAUGGAAAUCAGAUGUUGGAAAGAAGACGUGUGCCACUUUUUGUUAUCGUUGCACGGGCGAACUGCAAACGGUGGAGUAUGUAUGUGCUACAUUUUUUAUGGUGAAAGACGAUCAGGAAUCUCAGCAUAAAAGGACUAAAACCCCUGAAAAUCGCUGCACAGCUUUUAUAAAGUGUCGUCCAAGAAGUGAUGGUACUGUGGAGGCAAUAGGUUGUAUGGAUCAUACUGGGCAUUCAGAAAAUCUAGACUUGUUUUUUAGCGAUGAGCAAAGGGAAGAAUUACGUGCAAUAUCGUCAAGUCCGGGAACAUCUGAACAAAGUUAUGCAUGUUUCGAAUGCGAUAAGGGGUCCAUGACCCUUCAGAAGCUGGAAGCUCAUAUUCAGGAAGUGCAUGAAAAGCGUUCUGAAGUCAUCAAGGAUAUCGACAAAACCAAAGAUGUCGACCUAUAUUACACUUGCGGAAAAUGUCGCUUUGUGUGCUUCACAGCCACGGUUAUGGAUGUACAUAUACAGCCGUGGUUAGACAAAAUGGAAAAGAAUACGGGGAGCGUGCUAGUUAAAAGUUCAAUGCAAGCAUGUGGAACGAAACUCAUUCAUUCCUACGAUUGCAAGUUCGACAAAGCUGCCUCCAGGAGGUCUUCCGAAAUUGAGAAUAGUGGGCAGUUCAAGAGUUGCCCAGCGUUUGUGAAAAUAAUUGAGAAUGAAGACGGAGUACUGGACUGCGUAGGGUUUUUUGAUCACUUCGGUCAUGGUGAUAAAGAAUCACAGCAGCAGAGCAACGAUGCCAUAACACUUAAUAAAGAGAACAUGGAAAACAAGGAGCCUUGCUUCCUUUGUGGUAAUGAUGUUCCUCCUGAGGUUGAUGGACAAAUCGCUGAUUGCGUAAAAUGGCUUCGCUGCAAUGUUUCUAAGUGUCGAUCUCGCGCUCAUGAAUGCUAUGAUUCAACCGGAUGUAUGGAUAUUCACAGUCAGCCGGCCCGUCGGCCCCUGCGGUGCCUCUCGAAGGGAUAUCAAGAACAGUGGAUCCGAUUUCCCGGUCUGAUUGGAAUUGUUGUAGAAAAGUUUUUCCAUGCGGAAAUUGAGGUGAAAAUUGAGAACUUAGCACUAUCUUCUGUGAUAAGAGUACUAAAAGCGAACCUACCAGAAUGCACCCUGGGUCUGGCGCGGAAGCAGGAGCUGGUAGGGCAUUUGCGAGCAGGCGCUGUUCUACGGCUUGGGAUGGUGAUCACAGAGCAGCCAUGGCGGCUCGGCAACGAAGAUCAUGGCGAGGAGCGAUCAGUGAAGUGA